UUUUUAUGCAAAUGAGUUUAACAUUGCACACACAUAGCGAGAAGUGUAAUUUUGACAUUUACGUUUCGAAUCGACCGAAGUGGAAAUUACGAGGAUGCAAGCGGGGCGAGCCGAAACAUCUGAACGCAGAUUUGAGAUAGAAUGCAAGUUAGAGGCGGAGAUAGCAGCAUUAGCUGCUUUGAAGGAAGCAGAAGAUCGUAGCCGUAAGUUGACGAGUGGCAUGCUAGCGAUCUUAACGUCACUGGAGCAGAGAUUGGCUACGCUUCGAAGGACGAUACUUCCAGUAUACAAUGAGACUGGCAACCUUCAAUCUCAACAGCACAACAUUGAAAGGACCUUGACGGUAUUAGAUCAUGCAAUUGGGUACUAUGGAGUCUGUCAAGAAGUGGAAGGAGCGGUACGGGGAGGGCCGAGCGGAGCAGGUGGUCUGGAUGGAUUUUUGGAAGCCAUGAAUCGCCUUUACAAUGCUCAAAGAUACUUUCAAAAAAAUAAUCCUAGCUCGGUAGAGCUGGAGAAUGUUUCGACGCUCUUUGGCAUUGGAUUGGAAGCUCUUUAUGCAGAAUUCCAUGAUAUUCUAGCUAGACAGAGUAAACCAGUGCUACCGAUCGUUCUGCUAGAUCUCAUAGGCUCGGAUGAAGAUACCAGUACAGAGGAUUCUCCGCAAUCGCUUUGCCAGCUGCCUGAGAGUAGUUUGGGAGAUUUGGUUAAGAUUGCUGGAUGGCUAGACGAGAGAGGACACCGAAGGCACGCGAAGAUAUAUGCUUCUGUACGAUCGUCAAUAGUUCUACGUUCCUUACAGCUAUUAAAGGAGCACCAAAGGAGUGCCAGCGGUGGGAGCACUCAUGCCGGCAGCCCCAUGCCGCGAGCCAAGUUUGCUAAUCGACACGCUAUGGCAGUGCAAGAAAAUGCUGGGCGAAGAGCCUCACGUCGUCUCCAGCAUGCUUUGGAGAAGAAAGCAAGUAAAAUGUUAAUGAAGGCCUCGCAAACUACUGGUUUGGGUAUCUCGUUUCCCAGUUCAAGGAAACCCACUCCACAACCACUGGGGUACGCAACAGAAGAUGCUGCUCCAGAUGAACAGGAAAUGGAGAAUUAUCUCUUGCUAACAGCAGGACUACAUAAGUUGCUGCAGGCAGAGCGAGCCUUGGUGGCCCGUAUUCUACCAGUAACGUUAGAGCCUCAAGUCUUAGAGGCUACUGUUCGGGAUGCAAUGGAUCUAGUGGCUCAUGACGGUGAGAGCAUUGCAACUCGUGCAAAGCGCUGCAUAGCGAGGAAAGACUUCUCCGCAGUUUUAGUGGUUUUCCCCAUUCUGAAACACCUCGGAGAGCUCAAGCCUGAUCUGGAAAGAACUGUCGAAGGAUGUGAUUACACCCUCAGAUCAAAAUUUGCAUCGGUGUUAAAUACAUUGAACGCCACUGGAGCGAAAGCUCUAGAAGAUUUUGCUGAGAGUGUUCGCAAUGAUUCUACAGUGGCCUUGCCCAAGGAUGGCACAGUUGCCGAAAGUACGAGCAAUGUCCUCGUCUUUUUAGAACAAUUGGCGGAAUAUGCGGAUACUGCUGGGGCAGUCCUACGAAGGAAUGACACCGAUGGAACCCCCCCAACGAAAGAAAUGGAGAACACUCACAGAGUUCUACUAGGAGUCUACGUUAAGAAAGUGCUGGCACAGUUAAACCUCGCACUGGUGAGUCGGAGCGAUGCAUCUUACUCCGACCUCGCAUUGCGAGCCCUAUUUCGUCUCAACAACCAUAAUCACGUGGUAAAUGCAUUGCGACGUAGUUUAUUGAUGGAGCUUCUGCUUUUGGCCGAGCCUACGGCCGAGCAGACCUAUCAAGAUCUUUUAUCCCGAGAUCGUACGAAUUACGUGGCAGCAACUUUCUCCAAGGCAAGGAUGUACCUCGAUCAACCUCCAGACGAGCCUGAGCUGGGCUCAAAGGUUCUUAAGGAGAGGUUCUCCGGAUUCACGAGGGAACUCGAGGAAACCGCAAAAUUGCAACGAUCUUAUUCGGUCCCGGAUGCACGCUUAAGGGCAGAAUUGCGCUCCGAAUUGCAACGCGCAAUAAUUCCACCUUACAGUGCCUUCCACGAUAAAUAUCGAGGUACCGCGUUCUCAAAGAACCCGGCGAAAUACAUCAAGUACACCCCGGAUCAGGUGUCCUCCGUAAUAAGAACCUUCUUCGACACGGCUGCUUAAUCGCAGUACCACAAAAAUUAUAAACUAAGAUCCACAACGGAAUAUGUGUAACAAAGUUCGUAAGACACAAAAAAUCUCGAUGGCAAUUUUCGAAUAAAGUAAGACGUCAAGCA